AUGUGCUCAAUAGAAUUCGAAUCGAGUAAUGGAGAUUGGUCAAUCCCAGAGGUGAAAGAGCGUCUGGCAGCACAGGCGAUCGAGGAACGAGAAGGAACGUCAAGUAAAGGUGGCUCGAAGGCAUCGUCUCGCAGUGGUACACCGGCCUUGAAGGAGACCACUCCUGACUCGAAUUCAAAUUCUAGAGUGAGUUUAUUUCGUUGA